AUGACCACGCCGCCCCGGUUGCAAGGGGUCGUUGACCAAGGUGCUGUCAACCCCUUCGAAGAUGGCCGGUACGAGGCAUCUCAAACUUCAACCUCGAACAGAACCAGCUCUGAGCAUCCUACCCCGUCUCCCACACCUGGUGCUGCUCCAACAAGUCGGCCUUCCCUCAUUCCGCCAGCCGCAGAGCCAGAGAUUACACCCGCUCCUUCUGUGGGAGAGGUCAUCAAUGAGAAAACUGGCGAUACCUUCGGCUCGGACCCAGAAUCUGGCCCAAAGAGUGCGCCUGUCACAAACCAAGAGAAGCGUGCAGCUGAUGCCGUUGAUGGACUCAAGCCCAAGCCAAACGUCUUCCGUCGCAUUGCCAACGCUUGGCGUAGGACAUACUGCCCCAAGGAGGAGCCCGCCCUGGUCCUGCCCACUUGCCCAACAGAUGAAGAGAAACUCAGCUAUCUCCACACCAACAGGGUGCCUCUUUAUAUCUUCGGUCUCUUCUCGUUUCUGUCUCUUUCUGCUGGCAUGUGGCUCUUUGCUCUCUGUUCUAUAAUAUUUGUCUGGUACUCAGUGUUUGUGGGGUUUGUCGAUAUUUAUCUUAUUAUCUCAUAUUUCGUGGGACUAGUUGGCAAGGAUUGGGACUAUGCUGCUCACCAGGAGGCCGUGGCCAAUAAUCCCGUCAUCCCAGAAAGCGCACCGACUGUGGAUAUUUAUCUCCCAGUGUGUGCCGAGCCUAUCGAGAUCCUCGAAAAUACCUGGAACCACAUCGAACGUCUGCAGUGGCCAGCUGGCAAAAUCGAAGUCCAUGUCCUCGAUGAUGGAGCCCAGGAGAUUGUACGUGAUUUAGCCCAGCGCUACGGCUUCAACUAUAUCGUACGCGAGGACCGCCCACGUCUAAAGAAGGCUGGCAACCUUCGCUGGGCCUUUGCACGCACAAGCGGCGACUUUUUUGCCAUCUUUGAUGCCGACUUCUGCCCACGCCCUGACUUCCUGAUGGAGAUUCUCCCCGAGCAUCUCGCAGAUGACAAGACAGCUAUUGUUCAGACUCCACAGUUCUUCCGUAUCACCAAUGACCAGACAUGGGUCGAACAAGGCGCAGGAGCUACCCAAGAAUUGUUCUAUCGCGUCGUCCAGGUCAAUCGUAAUCGCUGGGGAGCCUCGAUUUGUGUCGGCAGUAAUGCCGUUUACCGCCGUGCUGCUCUCGAGGAGGUUGGUGGAACUGCUGAGAUUGGCUUUUCGGAAGAUGUGCACACUGGGUGA